CAGCGCAUUUAAAUAGCGUUCCAACGAGCGUGCGGUUCGGCGAGCCAUAUAGCAUACGUUUUUUGGUGUUUUAUUUUUUUGGUGUUAUUUUAUUUCAAUAAUAUUUUUAAUAUUUUAAUAAUUUAUAACUAUGGAAUGGUCAAAUGAUGAGGUUAUAGAGUUUUUGCAACUGUAUGAAUCACAUCCACAAAUUUGGAACCCACGCCAUCCGGAUCAUAAAAAUAGAAAUAUAGUUCACGAUGCAUGGAAAGAAAUAGAAAACCAGUUAAGUGUUAAAACUGAUAUUACAGAAAUAAAAAAAAAAAAAGAUUCUCUUAUGGCUACUUAUAGAAAACUUUUAAGCAAAGUUAAAUUAAGUAAGGGUACUGGAAGUGGAGCCAAAGAUGUUUUUAAGCCAGACUGGUUUGCCUAUGAUGCAAUGGCAUUUCUGCAUGGGGUUUACACUCCAAAAAAAACAAUUUCAACAGAGUUUGAAAAUUUGGUGGAUGAUGACAAUAUGACUGCAAAUUGUCAAUUGCACGACACAACUGAAAUCGAUGAUUCUCAGACUCAGGAUUUUAACUUUAAGAGCCCAUCUCCAUCAUCCAGUAAAAUUAGUAAAAAAAGAAAAUCAAAUGAUAAAGUGGAAGUGAUUGAAAACAAGAUGGACGAAGUAUUUACAAUUUUAAAACAAAUUACUCAAACUCCGGCCAAAAACAAGUGUACACUUUUUACCGAUUUACUUUGCGCUAAAUUAGAAUCCUUAAAUGAAU